GACCUGCCGGCGCAAGACCCAGCAUCGGGCAGCAGAACGAAGUGCGCGUUCUCCGGCUCUGCACCGUCAACAGCGUGGAGGAGAAGAUCCUUGCCGCCGCCAAAUACAAGCUGAAUGUUGAUCAGAAGGUUAUCCAAGCCGGCAUGUUUGACCAGAAAUCCUCGAGCCACGAACGAAGAGCCUUCCUCCAGGCUAUCUUGGAGCACGAGGAGCAGGACGAGGAAGAAGACGAAGUUCCCGACGACGAAACGGUCAACCAGAUGAUUGCGCGGCACGAAGAGGAGUUUGACCUUUUCAUGCGCAUGGACCUGGACCGCAGGCGGGAGGAGGCGCGAAACCCCAAGCGCAAACCGCGCCUGAUGGAGGAAGAUGAGCUGCCGUCUUGGAUCAUCAAGGAUGAUGCCGAGGUGGAGAGGUUGACGUGUGAGGAGGAGGAGGAAAAGAUGUUUGGGCGAGGCUCGCGGCACCGUAAGGAGGUGGACUACAGCGACUCGCUGACGGAAAAGCAGUGGCUCAAG